AUGCGUUUGGUUGGUUGGGGAAACGCGGUUUGCGCCUCGCCUGGAGUACCCCAUUUUAGGAGUGUGCAUUCCUGUGUGAGAAGGGAGGCCACGCGAAUAUUUUCUUACCGACCAAGGUGGCAAUACGCCUUCCCGUUUCGUUCGAAAAGAAUAACCGACUUUAUUAUGGUGAGGGAAAACUCGGUGGCCUCCAUUGCGUACACGUUUCAACAUCCUUCAAAUCAGGUUAUUGUUACUUUAAUACCACUUCAGCAUUUUGCACACCCUCAGUUUUUUCAUCAAGUGGAUGGGCUUUGCAGUCAACAUGAUUCUGUAUUGAUGGAGGGGCGCACGCCUUUGGCCGGUGCGCCAUUUUCGACAAUUGUUCCUCCGCGUGAGCGUGUUGCUUCGGUACGUCCUUUGGGACAUGAAGAUGAUGAGGGCUGGGAACCGCGAGAAGUGGAACGUUUUUGGCAGCCUUUUUCAUGGGGUGUGAAGGAUUCCCCUCAUAUGACCAUUGUUCAUGCUGCGGACAAAUACGAUUAUGAAAAGUUACCCUGGUGGUGUUCCGUUCGGUUUAAUGUGCCUCUUAUAGGAAGUUUUGCGAGAGAAAAACAUUGCCUGGACAUGAUUACCCUCU